GCUUCACAACAUCUGCUCCCCUCCAGCAGCAGCAUGGAGGACCCCCAGAAAUGGCCAGAAAUAGAGAAAGCAGCCACAGAGAAGAGGCGUGAGCUGGUUUUACAGGGUCCUGCCGUGGACAGGAGGGUCUCCCAUCUCGGGGGUCUCAGCUCCUCCAUCUACUCCCUGACGCUGCUCAAUUACCUGGAAGUCAGCCAGUGCCCGAGCCUGUCCCAGAUCCACGAGGACAUCCAGAAUCUGACCAACCUCCAGAGCCUCAUCCUGUGCAGGAACAAGCUCUCCUCUUUCCCAGAUGUGGUGGGCAACCUGAAGUCCCUGAAGGUCCUGGACCUGUCGGUCAACAACCUGACGGCUCUGCCAGAGGGGAUCACUCAGCUGAGGGAGCUGAACACCCUCAACGUGAGCUGCAACAGCCUGGAGGUCCUGCCUGAGGGUCUGAGUCAGUGCACCAAGCUGUCCACCAUCAACAUCUCCAAGAACCAGCUCACCGGAUUCCCUGAUGAUCUCUUCUCGGAGCGGCUGGACCUGCUGAGCACCCUGGUGGCCUCCGACAACUGCAUCCAGACUCUGAGUGCUGAUGUCCACAAGCUGACUGCUCUGAAGGUGCUGGAUCUCUCCAACAACAAGCUCAGUGAGAUCCCCCCCGACCUGAGCGACUGCCCCAAGCUGAAGGAGAUCAACUUCAAAGGCAACAAGCUGAAGGACAAGCGCCUCGAGAAGAUGGUGAACGGCUGCCAGACAAAAUCCAUCCUGGACUACCUCAGGGGGAAAGGAAGAGGCAGGCAGGGGGAAGAUGUUGGCGAAUGCGAUGGAGGCCGUGGUGCAGAUAAGAAGAAGAGGGGUCAGCAGAGGAAGAAGAGGGAGAAGGCUGCGGAGGAAGAGGAUGAAGUGGAAGAAGUGAACAAGAUGGUGGUGAAGGUUCUCCACGUUUCCGACGCUCCCACGGCGAUCACGGUCACGGUGAGCGCCGAGGUGAAAGACGUCCGACCGUACCUGGUGUGCUGCAUCGUCAGAGGCAUGAACCUGAAGCCGGGGAACGCUCUCAAACGCUUCCUGAUGGCUCAGACAAAGCUUCAUGAUGACUUGUGUGGUAAAAGGACCAUUGCAACCAUUGCAACUCAUGACGUGCAGCUUCUCAAGGGUCCCCUGAUGUACGACGUCAAACCACCCACCCAGCUGAAGGUUGUGGCCCUUGGCCGGAAGGAGAUGACGGCCGUGGAGCUGAUAAGACAUCUUCAUCUGGAGGCAGAGGAGCUGAGGAAACAGAAGAAGAGGCAGAACGUCACCGGCCUUCACAAGUAUCUGCAGCUUCUUCAGGGAAAAUCAAUGUAUCCCUGCCUCGUGGAUGCAGAGGGACAUGUGAUUUCCUUCCCACCAAUCACCAACAGCGAGAAAACAAAGAUCAAGAAGACCACUAAAGAGUUGUUCUUGGAGGUGACGAGUGCGACCAGCUUGCAGACUUGCAAGGAUGUAAUGGAUGCCCUGAUUGUUAAAAUGGCAGAGCUGAACAAGUUCACGGCUGAGCAUCAGGAGGAGGCGGGGUCGGACGAGGAAGGGGACGCUCCGGCCGAGCCCCCCACCCACGGCGAGACGUCCAGCCAGCUGAUCAUCCAGCAAGUGCGGACGGUUGAUCAGGACGGGAACCUGAAGGUGGUCUACCCGUCCAAGACGGAUCUCUCCACAGACAUCGCCAACCUGACUGUGGUUUGGUAGCGGUGCUUCCGUGUUUACACCCGUUCACAGGUUACACUUGUGAUUAUUGUACAUGAUUUGGAACUAAAAUUAAAGAAAGGCUCAAAAACUAAGUUAAAGUUUUCCUGAAACUAUGCUACAGAACGCCACACUUUCUGAAUGUUCUGAAAUUGUGCCACUAUUCCAUCACUUCAGAUCAGUUUUACUGCCGUUUAAUUUAACCUGGAGCAUUCACUAAAAUCAUUGAACGCUUAUUUAUAGCCUUUGUUUCUUUACACGAGAAAUCUCAAAGUAACAUGUCAAUAAACUUUGUAUACCAUUUCA